AUGGCUCCCGAGAUUGCGGACUCUGACGGUGAGUCGGACAUCAUCACCCACGACCGCUCAGCUCUCGACGUGCCCCCUUCUCCGCCGACGACGCGCUCAAAUGGCACAGCAGAACAUCAAGACUCUACCCAACGACUUUCUACGCUGGACUCGAGUGCGACCAAGAGUACCAGCAGUACGGAGAGGUUGAUGCGUGGCCUAAAUGCAGCACAAUUCGAUGGUGCCGAUGAUGCUGUCUCCGCAAUACCGAGUGCGACCUUGACGUCAACCCCAGACAGGAUUAGGAAAAGAGCACAAUCCGACGGCCCAGGGCCACACGUUUUGGCUGCUGAAGAGCCAAAGUCGAAACGCCCAAAGACGUAUGGUUCUAGAACCAGAGACUAUACUUCCGACAUCUUUGCUGCCGCCGACCCAGCUCAAAUGUCAGAUACGACGGAGCAACUGGAAGGCGAAGGUCGCCUCGAGGGUGACUUGCCAUCCAUGCUACCACCCAAAUCUGACGCAGCGGAGGUCACCCAGCGAGAGCGUAAUCGUCCGAGAAGAGUCGUCAGCCUUCUACAGCAGAGCACUACAACGCCAAAACACCACGUAACGACCACAAUGUCAUCAAUGGGCGGUUAUCAGUCUAUCAACCUGGAUUUCCGGGGUGAUCAAGGACUCGACAUGAAUAUGAAUCCCUUCGGCAGUAUCAGCCAAGUGUCAAUGGAAAAUCCAACAUCACCAGAUAUCAGCCACAUAACUGCGAAAUCACACGAUGAUCAGUUAUAUGACAUGAUUGAUCACUUCGUGAUUCCCGAUGUCCAAAGCCAGAUAAUGACCUCCCCUGUACGCAGAGGCACCCCAUCGGCACCCCCAAUCGAGCCCCUUAGUGAGGGAGAGGGAACUAUGAACCUCUCUCAUGAAACGCAUGCCACGACCGAACGAUCCUCAAAACGUCGUAAGACUGAUGGCCCCACGUCUCGAUCUACAGUAUCUCCACCUUCAAUACGCCGUGCAGCCUCUGCAUCAGCGGAGCCUGCAUUCACUAUAUCAGAUAGACCUGUCACGAGAAAGCGCGGCCGUCCAAAGAAGAAUACUGGCGAUGUCGACGAGCUUGCUAGUGAGGGUCCAGCCGACGUCUCUAUGGGGCCAGCUACCGAUCAACAACCUUUCGCUGCGGCCAGAUCCCGUGCAAACACCAUGGACCUCUCCUCGCAAGCCUCGCAAACGUCCCAGGCCGCUAGUAACACCAAGAAGAAACGCAAGAAGACUGGGGCUGAAGACGCUCGGGCAGGCGAGCCUAAGAAACUCCCCUCAAGUGAACUUCACCUCGACGAUGAGCAGAUCAUCGGCCUACCGCGAGAGAAUUAUCAGCCCCGGCCCAGCCGCUCCCGCUCCAACCGCGUCAACGAGGAAGCCCCGACCGUUUUCGCAUCAAACAAGACCGCUCAAGCCCCUGCAUCGACACCAGCACCCGCGACCUUGGCCUCCAAGCCUUCGAUCACCAAAAGCAAGAAAUCCAAGGUCAAGCGUGCUAAAACCUCCGCAGCAGCACUCUCCAAGCCAUCGGAUUCGAUGCUCAGCGAUGGCGAGGAUGACGUCGUGUGGAUGGACAGCAAGCCUGCAACUGUCAAGCUCGACUUGCCUCCCGACCUCGGUCUCCUCAAGAAAGAGCAAGAGGAACCCAAGGAAGACGAAUCCGCUGAUGAGCUACAGGCAGAGGAAGUACAGAAACUUGGAAGGAAAGGUCCGAUGGUCAGCGUUGAGGUUCCUCUUCUUGGGGAGGAGGGUGAAGGUCAGAGCGAUGGCACAUCCGAGAAGAAGGGAAAGAGGGACGCGAAGAAGAGAGGACGACCAAAAAAGGGCGCCACCAAGGGCAAGGAAGACCUAAUGUUGAACCAGGCGGUAGCGUCUGAGGAACAUCAGGGCAUCAGGCCUGCCCUGGCAACCAAAGACUCUAAUAUUCCUGCUCCCGUUCUUGCGCCAGAUGCAAAGGGCAAGGCAAAAGCGCCAGCCAAGUCCAGGGCCGUUAUCACCGACUCAGACGACGAAGACGAAGAAGCAAACGAUCCAGGCUCUGCUACCACCACCACCACCACCACCACCCAAGCCGAACCCCCUAGUGCCCCCACCGACGCCGACAAAGGGAACACUCCCGCCCCAACCAAUCUCACCCCUCCCAAAGCGCCAACCAACACAGCCACGCCUUCACCGCACAAGAAACCCACACACUCGCCUUUGAAGCCCACGCCGCUCUCUUCUUCAUCCGCCUCCUCCCUCACACGCUACCGCAUUGGCCUCUCCAAACGCACCAAGAUCCCCAGCCUCCUGCGCCGCGUCGACCGCGACAAGCCGCCGCCCACCAAGACGGGCGUCAAAGUCAAGGAGCUGAAGAUCAAGGGCGUCAACGACGGCACAGGCGGCGAGGCGGAAGGCGAGGGUGGAGAUGGCCUCGACGGCAAAGGUGGGAAGUGGACGGGCGUUCUGAGGGACAAGGAUGGAAGGCUCAUCGAGUGGGACUUCUGA